AUGGCUGGUCCAGGCGGCGGGCCUCCCCGCAAGAGCCACACCAAAUCCCGCAAUGGCUGCAAGACGUGCAAGAGGCGCCAUAUCCGAUGCGACGAGACGUUCCCUCAAUGUCGCAACUGUACCAAGCACAAUUGCCGCUGCGAUUAUCAGGAUACCACUGUGCAGACCACUUCGCCAACCGUCGGCCGUGGGCCCGAUCUGCUGAUGACGCCCGAAAUCGAGAUGGAGAUCGACAAUUGGCAUCGCACGGGAAUACCUCCUUUCCCGGAGCUGAUGCAAUGCCCUCUGUCAGGGUGGACGAAGCUUCCGCGGGCCGAUUUGCGCUUGGUCCAUCAUAUCGUCGGCGUCUCCAUCGACCUACAUCGGCGCGGACUCAGCAGCUGUACCGUGUGGGCACAUAAGAUGCCCAACUUCCUUGCCAUCGCAUUAUCGAACGACUUCGUCAUGAGUUCCAUUCUGGCAUUAUCAUCAUUCCAUUUAGCCUUCCUCACCGGAGACCAAGAGAACAAGCAAGUAGCUUAUCAUCACAAAGUCACCGCAUUCCAAGGCCUUCAAACAGCCAUCACUUCGUUCUCCAAGGAUAACUGUGAGGCUGUCCUAGCGGCCUCUGUUCUUCUGUCAUGGCAAGCAACUGAGCGGCAAAGCUGGGUAUCAUUGCAACAGGGAAUCUCCUCUAUCAUCGAAUCCAUGCAUCCGUUCUGGAAACAAGAGUCAGAGCUGACCCAACUUGUGGAAGCCCAGCGUGCAUUGAGCGCCUCCGGCCCCGACUUCCCGCUCUCCCUGGAGGAUGAUGUGCACCAACUAGACCAAACCAUCCGUGCCAUCCAAGUCAUGCAAAGGCGGGUGUCACACAUCUCAGAGCACUCGCAGAAACUGGGCGAGUUGAUCGAAUACCUCCGAAAAUUCCAUGACGAGUUCACCACUCACCCGGCCGAACAGAACUUCGAGCGGGUUCAAGUUCUGCGACGCUGGCUUUUCUGGCUCCCCACUGCCAUGCUGCAUGGCCCCGACUGCGACCUCAUGGCCUUGCCAAUCCUUUCACAAUUCUUCGGUGCAGCCAUCAUCCUGGACCGUUUCAUCCCCGAGACCGGCGGCGCCUACUUGGCCGCUUUAUCUGUCGCCCCGAUCGAGGAAAUGUCCCGGAUUCUCGCCGCCCACAGUGCGGCAGAUCCAUUCAACGCAGAUCUGCGCUUAGGCUUGAGCCUGAUGGACUUGCCCCAGCACAUUGUUGCUCGAUAUCGCAGCCGUCUGCCUUGGUCCCCUCGCUCCUCGGUUGAACAUUACUCUCCUGCCCCGCCAAGCCCAUUUCAUGGUCUCCCCGAAUACCCCCCGGCCUCUUCCUCGUCACCCGCGUCCGCCUCUCCGUCUUAUGCAGCCUAUACUCCCCCGCUCCAAUCACCUCCCGCUGUCACAGUGGCUGGUUCGCCAUUCCAACUCGCUGAGGGUUAUGUCACCGCUGCUCCUCAGCAUAACCUCUAUCCGCCGUCGCCCCAACUCCUCGAACCACAUGACCAGCAACUUGGUUUAUCAGACCCCAGGCACUUGGUUUCUCUCCCACAACCAUCUACAUAUACUCAUCCUCAUCCGAACGAGGCCGUCUGUGCUGAUAUUCCCCGCACGGGUGGGUCUCUCGGCCUUGGUAUGGAGGUCUAUUCUCAAGCACAUCACUUCGAUAUACCAGGCAUGGUUCCCCCUGAGGCUUGCUGGUCAUAA